ACCAUGGCCCUUGCUCUGCGCCUCCUACUCCUGCUCCUCCUGGCCGUGGCCCUGCCUGCCAGGGCUGCCCAGGCUGCUCCGCUGCAAGCGCGGCGAGCAGACUGGAAUCGUGACAUGGGUUUUCAGGAAGUCCUGAUGAAGCAUGGUUUGAAGUUCCUGGAGGAUGCUGGAGCUGAACCUGCUGGUGAAGGCCUCACAUCCAGGACUGAGCCUCUGGGAGAUGCUGAGGGUUUGUCUGCAGGGAGGAGAUUCAUACGUCCUUUGGUGGUUAUUGCCAACAAGACCAGCCCCCAUGGCAGGGUUCCUCCGAAGAGGAAGAUGCAAGACACAACAGAGAAGAUAUCCCUGGAACCAUCCAAAAAGACGAAGCAAGAGCUGAAGGAAAUGCGGCAGGGAGGACAAGAAAUGAAAGGAGAGCCUGUGCAGAAGGAAGCAUUUCCCAGAGGAAGCAGUGGUUCCGUGCCAGCCUCUGCUGAAGGAAGGGAGGCCAUGCCAGGCACAGGAGAUGAGGUGUCUGGGAGGGCUUCUCCAUCAGCUUGGAUGAAUAAAGUUUUGAAGCCCUUGGAGCCUCCUGCAGAUGUGUCUACAGGGAGGACUUCUCCAGCUCCUACUUUGGAUGUUGCAAUUAAGCCCAGCUCCCAUCACAGGAGUAUUCCAACAGGGAAAAUCCAAGAUACAACAGAUAAGAUAUCCCUGGAACCAUCCAAACAGAUAAGGCAAGAGCUGAAGGAAGCCCUGCAGACAAGACAAGAGAUGGACAUAGUGCUUCAGUGGAAGUUGGCAUUUCUUGAAGGAAGCACUCCAUCUUUGGUGCCAGCCCCUGUUGCAGGAAGGAAGGCGAUUCCAGACACGGGCACAGGCACAGCAGACUGGGAGGCUGGGAAGGAUUCUGCAUUAGCCUGGCGCUCUGAAGUUGUGAAGCCGUCUGAGCAUUCUGCAGAUGUGUCUGCAGGGACGACCUCACCAACUCCUACCUUGGAUGCUGCACCAAAGCCCAGCUCCCAUCACAGGGGUCCUACGACAGGAGAGACCAAAGGCAUGGCAGGCAAGAAAUUCCAGGACCCAUUAGAAGUCAUGUGGCAAAUGCUGAAGGAAUGUCUGCAGAGAAAGCAAGAAAUGAAAGGAGAGCCUGUGCAGAAGGAAGCACUUCCAGGAGGAAGCAGUGGUUCUGUGCCAGCCUCUGCUGCAGGAAGGGAGACGAUGCCAGGCACAGGCCCAGGAGAUGAGGUUGCUGGGAAGGCUUCUCCAUCAGCUUGGAUGAAUAAAGUUUUGAAGCCCUUGGAGCCUCCUGCAGAUAUGUCUCCAGGGAGGACUUCUCCAGCUCCUACUUUGGAUGCUGCACUUAAGCCCAGCUCCCAUGGCAGGGGUCCUCCACCAGAAGAGACCAAAGUCAUGGCAGACAAGAAAUUCCAGAACCUAUUUGAAAUCAUGUGGCAAAUGCUGAAGGAAAUGCUGCAGAGAAGACAAGGAGUGGAUUGUGAGCCUGUGCAGAUGGAAGCAUAUGCCGGAGGAAGCAGUGGUUCCGUGCCAGCCUCUGCUGAAGGAAGAGAGGCGAUGCCAGGCACAGGCACAGGAGCUGAACCUGCCGGAGAAGGCCCCACAUCCAGGACUGAGGCUCUGGGAGAUGCUGAGGGUGUGUCUGCAGGGAGGACUUCUCCAGCUCCAGGGCUGGAUGCUUGGCCCCAACCCAGCUCCCAUGGCAGGGGUCCUCCAAAAGGAAAGACCCAAGAUACUACAGCCAAAAUGUCUCAUGAGGCAGAUGAAUUCCUGACACAAACACAGAAGGAAGCACCCGGAGGACAAGUGAUGGACCAAAAGGCUGUGCAGAAGGAGGAACACUCAGGGAGAAGCAGUGGCUCAUUGGCAGCCCCUGCAGCAGAAAGGAAGGCGAUGCCAGACACGGGCACAGGCACAGCAGAUGCAGCCGGCAUCACAAGACCUGUUCCCAAUGCCCAGGAUGGCCUCGGAAGGGGUUUCUGUCAGGGAACAGGCUGCUGGCUAGGGUUACUGGCCGGCGUGCUUUGUUUGGAGCUUGUCUUCAUGUUGUGCUGCUUUGGAAUCGGGUAUUCCUGGAACAGAAAACAGAGCACCUCGGGACAGGAGUUGGAAGACGGUGGCUGCACCUCACACCAGACAGCGUGAGCAGCUCCUCCAGCAGCAGGAACGGCCUGGACAGCCCUCUCAAGUGUUCUGUGAAGAGGACCCCAGAACAACCGUCUAUGAGGAAGCCUCUUAUUGCCCCGUAGAUCCCACUGCCACCUGCUCUCCCCAUGGGCCUCCCCAAGCUGCCUUCAUCCCUUUUUUCUCUCCAUGUGUCCCAUCCCAGCCAACCCGAGUUCCUCUAGAGACCCCAGGACCAGCCCAGCACCUUCCAGCCCCUCCUGAGACCAACACAUCCCUUCCUCUGCCCCUGAGCCCCCUGGCCUUGCCCUCUAA